GCGCCGCGGGCACGUCGUUGCGCGUCCUCAGUAUUUAAUGUCUCUGUGUUCGCCCGGCCUGGGCUAGCACGUGGGGGAGCGGCCGAAGCGCCGUGCUGCGCUGCGGGGCAGGGCCGCUGGGCUAGGUGGGGGGCCAGGGGGCGGUGGCGGGAGGACUGUGUGCUUAGACGGUCGCCCAGGAGCAGGUGUAGCUACUCCACAUCGCCUCUGAGAUGGCAAUCCAGUUCCGGUCACUCUUCCCCUUGGCAUUGCCUGGAAUGCUAGCGCUACUUGGCUGGUGGUGGUUUUUCUCUCGUAAAAAAGAUCGGCUCAGCAGCAAUGAUAAGCAGGUGGAGACACUGAAGGUUAGCCCUGCCAUCAAGCACCGACUGCCCAGUGAAGGGGCCUGUCCUGGAGUCCUGUCUGUGGCCCCCAGUGUCACACAACCUCCUAGAAAGGAAGAGCAUCGCUCUGUGGACAAGCCUUCUACAGAGCCCCCAGCCUUGCCAAGGACUCGGCAAGCUUGCCGAAGAUCAGAGUCCUCAGGCAACCUCCCCAGCAUUGCAGACACAAGAGCGCAGACAGGACCGUGCAGAGAUGAGAACCCAAAAGUGGAACUCUCCCUGAUGGGGGACGAAGCCAAAUCUAUUCCUCUUGGAUGUCCAUUUCUCCCAAAGGAUGUGUCCUUCCCCUAUGAAGCAGUGGAAGGGUGUAAGCAAGAGUUUGCACUGGGAAAAACUCCUGGAAGAGGCUGGCUAAGCCCGUAUGCAGCCUCUGGAGAGAAAGUGAGAGAGACAGGCGGGACAGAGGGGACUGGAGAUGCUGUGUUGGGGGAGAAUGUACCUGAGGAAGGCCUGUUGUCCCAAGAGUGUGUCUCAGAAGUGAAGAAGAGUGAAUUUCCAAUCUUGGCCCCCGGGGGAGGUGGGGAAGAAGAGGUGAACAGUGGCCCCCCACAGGUAGCUGAACUUUUAAAGAAGGAAGAAUAUAUUGUUGGGAAGUUGCCAAGUAGCUUUGUGGAGCCAGUUCACUCAGAGCUGGUUAAGGAUGAGGAUGUGUUGGUACCCCAGGUCAGAGGUAGCAAUACUUCAGACAGAGACCUGGCUGGAGAACCGGACAAAGACGAAACCUUACCUGAAAAUGACCAGAUUGAGCAGGCUGUCUUCCAGAUCAUCUCCCAGGUGAUCUUGAGAGCGACUGAAGAGGUGCAGGCCACCACAGCGGGCAAGACCGUGGUACAAGUGCAUCCAACCUCUGCCACUCAGCCUAAGGAGCAGGAGGAGAGCUGUGUCUCAGCCAGCCAGGAAACUGGCUUGGGACAAGACACCCCUGAUCCUGCCUCCACCAAAACAGGUGCCACCGCCAGCCCGUCAGAAGAAACCCUGCCACCAAAGACCUAUGUGAGCUGUCUCAGCAGCCCUCUGUCAAGCCCCACCAAGGACCAGAAGCCAAAGAACUCUGCACACCACAUCUCCUUGGCUCCCUGCCCAUCGCCAGUUACCCCCAAGAGGCAGUCUCUGGAUGGGGCAAGUAACCUAAGAGGUGAUGACACCUUUGUCACCUGUAUGGCCAACAACAGCCAGAGUGUCCUUUCAGUUAGCUCCUUGGGGCAGUGCUCAGAUCCUGUCAGUACUUCAGGGCUUGAAGACUCUUGCACAGAGACCAUCUCAAGCUCCGGAGACAAAGCUAUCACCCUACCACUGCCAGUCAGUACUGAGCCCUUCAGCAACGGGGUGCUGAAGGAGGAGCUGUCAGACUUAGGGACCGAGGAUGGAUGGACCGUAGAUACAGAAGCAGAUCACUCAGGAGGUUCUGACGGAAACAGUAUGGAUUCAGUGGAUAGCUGUUGCGGGCCUACCAAGCCUGAUAGCCCCCAGAGUGUCCAGGCAGGCUCCAACCCUAAGAAGGUUGACCUCAUCAUCUGGGAGAUCGAGGUGCCAAAGCACUUAGUCGGUCGACUGAUUGGCAAGCAGGGACGGUAUGUGAGUUUUCUGAAGCAGACAUCUGGUGCCAAGAUCUACAUCUCCACCCUGCCUUACACACAGAACAUCCAGAUCUGCCACAUAGAAGGCUCUCAGCACCACGUAGACAAAGCUCUGAACCUGAUUGGGAAGAAGUUUAAGGAACUGAACCUCACCAAUAUCUAUGCGCCACCACUGCCUUCGCUGGCACUGCCUUCCUUGCCAAUGACGUCUUGGCUCAUGCUACCUGAUGGUAUCACUGUGGAAGUCAUCGUGGUCAACCAGGUCAAUGCUGGGCACCUAUUUGUACAGCAACACACACAUCCCACCUUCCACGCACUGCGCAGUCUGGACCAGCAGAUGUACCUCUGUUACUCUCAGCCUGGAAUCCCCACCUUGCCCACCCCAGUGGAAAUAACGGUUAUCUGCGCUGCCCCUGGUGCGGAUGGGGCCUGGUGGCGAGCCCAAGUAGUGGCCUCCUAUGAGGAGACCAAUGAAGUGGAGAUCCGCUACGUGGACUAUGGUGGAUAUAAGAGGGUGAAAGUCGACGUGCUCCGGCAAAUUAGGUCUGACUUUGUGACCCUGCCAUUCCAAGGAGCGGAAGUCCUUCUGGAUAGUGUGGUUCCUCUGUCAGACGAUGAUCACUUUUCACCCGAGGCAGAUGCAGCUAUGAGUGAGAUGACAGGCAAUACAGCACUGUUGGCCCAGGUGACAAGCUACAGUGCAACUGGCCUUCCUCUGAUUCAGCUAUGGAGUGUGGUUGGAGAUGAAGUGGUGUUGAUAAACCGGUCGCUGGUGGAGCGAGGCCUUGCACAGUGGGUAGACAGCUACUAUGCCAGCCUUUGACCUUGGCUCCUGAGUUGCUUCGGUCUUCUUUGUACUGUUGAGAUUGGGUUUGGCACCCGGGACAGAGAUUUAACAGCAGAGUAACAAACACUGUUCUCACCGAGUCUUCUUUCCCGUCCUGUCGUCCUAUGGGAAGGAGGCUCCUCCCCAGGAGGGGCUGUGUGUUCCUUUCAAAGCCUUAGAGUGGCGCUUCACCAGCCAGCUGGCUUAGCCCUGCUGGAGGCUGUCUGCAGGAAGGUCUCUUAGCCAGGCUGUCCUGUUCCCAUUCCAUCCACUCCCCUCUCCCCACCUAAACCCCACACACUGCAGCAGGCAGGCCAAGGCGGGUGUGGGACUGGCUGAGAGGGUCAAUUUCAGAGUCUUUAUUCAGGGAGUGAGACAUGGACUAAUUGAUAUCGAUUCCCUGGAUUUCUCACUUGGAUGAAUUGAUGGUGUUUAGCAGUUUUAUAUACUUCCUCCAGGUCUCUAGGAACUCUGACUUUUUUAAACAUAGAUGUAAAUAGCAGCAAUUGUCACACCUGACCCCAGUGAGUGGGGGGAGGGGAAACUGUUAAUCUUGCCAAGCCUGGUUGUAAUUUGUAACCAUUUUCUAUUUGUGCAAACUCUGUAAAUAUAUGUUUAAAAAUGUAAUAUUUUGUACAAGGCACACUGGAGAACAAAGGGAACUCAAAGCUCUUCCACAUUCUUCAUGAGGAAAUGGAAGUCCGUCCAUCCCACGGAGUGGGGCUGACCUCCCUCCUGCUCCAGCCAGGGCCCCCGCGCUUCCUGUGCAGACAGGAAGCUGUAUGGGAGACUGUCAUUUGGGGAUUUGAUUUUUUUUUUUCCCUGUACGCAUUUAAAAAAAAAAACCUUCAUUGAAUUACCUUGCAGUGGUGUGUUUGACUCUUUUAUAGACUGUCUUUAGCAUUGUGCAAUUUAAGAAUACCUUAAGGAUCUUGGAUUUACAUAAAUCUUGAAUUGUAUAAA